AUGAGCCUCAUGGUACGGACACUGCCAGCCCGAGAUAUUUUGCUUAAACAUUGCUCGCGAGCCAAGGCAUUUGCACAUCAACUUGUCGCAUUCGAGCGCAAAGACAAUGAGUGUCGUAUCAAGGAACCUUACGCUAUGCUAUAUACACGACGCCUGUUAACAAUGUUGAGCGACUACAUGAUCUUUGGUGAUUUAACAUGCGCGUAA